AUGAGGUUCCUGCUGAUUUCCCUGCUGCUGCUUGUGCCAACAUUUGCUCAUGUGGCGCUUUUGCCGCCAAGAGGCAAGCAAUGCUUCUUCGAGGUGCUCAAGGCUCAAGACGAGCUUGCAGUCACGUUCCAGAUCGGUGACCGUGCGAAGGACUCGACCGAACAACUCACAGCCGACUUCUGGAUCAAGAGUCCUUCGGGCAGAAUCUUGGAGAAGCUGAGCGACGUCUCGCAUGGUGAGGUUCAGAUCAAAGCCAACGAGCCUGGAAAGUUUGAGUAUUGUUUCUCGAACGAAGGCUCGUCACUGCAGACGAAAGACGUGACUUUCAACGUCCACGGCGUGGUCUACGUGGACGUGAACGACAACUCUGACGACAACCUUGAUUCCUCCGUGAGAAAGCUUAUGGAACUGGUCUACGAUGUCAAGAACGAGCAAAACUACAUUGUGGUGAGAGAGAGAACACACAGAAACACCGCAGAGAGCACCAACAGCAGGGUGAAAUACUGGUCUGUCUUCCAGCUGAUUGUUGUUAUUCUGAACUCUCUUUUCCAGGUGUUCUACCUCAAGAGAUUCUUCGAGGUCAAGACCGCUGUUUAA